UAGUUUAUUAGUUUAUUGUCUGUCUACCCCAAUGCAAAAUAAUGAGAGUAGACACUUGGCUGGUUUUUACGGCUGCUUUGCAAUAAAUAUUGAAUGAAUGUUAGGCACCUGCUGUCUACAAAUGUCUCUAUACUCACAAACGUCUCACACCGCAUGAAAGAAUGCAUUUGUGGGUGAGUAGAUGGGUGGGUGAAUAAAUGAACAAAGAUAGUAAGCGGGUAACACUGACUCCCAUUCAUUGCGCAGCUGUGACGCUCUGGAGUCCAGGUGUCCAAACGCGGCUGCACCACGUGGACGGCCCAGCACCACGUGCUCAGCUCAGCGACCCGCUGGAGUCAGCCACUGUUCCACAGUGCACCGCUUCAUUCCCGCUCUAGAGGGCAAACCAGCCCCGAUUUCCGGCCUCCAUUAGGUCGCAGAGGUCAGUUGCCCUAACGACCAGCUGGUUCCCGCCUCUACGUUGCGUCACUUCCUUCCACGCCCACUUCGAUCAUUAACGCGCCUGUGCAGAAGGGAAGCAACCCGGGGCGCCCUUCUUCUGCGCAGGCGUCGCGCCCAGGGGCCGGGGCCGGGCGGCACCGCGGUGCGCAAGCGCAACCGUCGGUGGGUCGGGGAUCGGUCGCCUGAGAGGUAUCACCUCUUCUGGGCUCAAGAUGGACAACAAGAAGCGCCUGGCCUACGCCAUCAUCCAGUUCCUGCAUGACCAGCUCCGGCACGGGGGCCUCUCAUCCGACGCUCAGGAGAGCUUGGAAGUCGCCAUCCAGUGCCUGGAGACUGCGUUUGGGGUGACGGUAGAAGACAGUGACCUCGCGCUCCCUCAGACUCUACCGGAGAUAUUUGAAGCGGCUGCCACGGGCAAGGAGAUGCCGCAGGACCUGAGGAGCCCCGCACGAACCCCGCCUUCCGAGGAGGACUCGGCAGAGGCAGAGCGCCUCAAAACCGAAGGAAACGAGCAGAUGAAAGUGGAAAACUUUGAAGCUGCGGUGCAUUUCUACGGAAAAGCCAUUGAGCUCAACCCAGCCAACGCCGUCUAUUUCUGCAACAGAGCUGCGGCCUACAGCAAACUCGGCAACUACGCAGGCGCGGUACAGGACUGUGAGCGGGCCAUCUGCAUCGACCCGGCCUACAGCAAGGCCUACGGCAGGAUGGGCCUGGCACUCUCCAGCCUGAACAAGCAUGUGGAGGCCGUGGCUUACUACAAGAAGGCGCUGGAGCUGGACCCCGACAACGAGACGUACAAGUCCAACCUCAAGAUAGCGGAGCUGAAGCUGCGGGAGGCCCCCAGCCCCACGGGAGGCGUGGGCAGCUUCGACAUCGCCGGCCUGCUGAACAACCCCGGCUUCAUGAGCAUGGUAACGGCCCGCCCCUCCUCCCUGUCCAUAGUGUCUGCGCCACACCCCAGGCCCGCAUCUGCUGUGUCCACUACUGGCCAGGGCUUCCUUGCCUUGGCACUGCUGGCUUCUGGAACCAGAUGGUUCUUGUCUGUGGGGCCGUCCUGGGCACCGCAGGGCGCUGGCAGCAUCCCUGGCUUCACCCACCCCAUGUCAGGAGCACCCCCACCCUCUGCUUUGACGAUCAAAAGUGUCCCCGAUGUUGAUGUCCCAAGCAAGACCCAUCAGUAGUGAGCACCGAAAGCUGGCUCUCCUGGCUGAGCCCAGGGAGGUCGCACCCCCACCCCACCCCGGCGUGGGCUCCUCCUCGCAGUGCGGAGACACUGAUCACAAUGCAGCCGCGUCUGCCUCCUAAGGUUCAGGCAAAGGAAGCAGAGCGCCGGGCGCGCUGGGCGCAGGUGGACCUCCUGAUGCUAGGGCACUCGUGCUUCCAAAGGGACGGCCUUUGGCAGGGAGUUCCUUGGCUGGGAUCCUCGGAGAGCCACCCCCCACACACACAUGUUCAUUUCCUGGGAGGUCUGUGUGCCCUGGGACCACUCUGCAGGCUCCCACAGCCUCAGGGUGCAGGGAUUCGCCUAAGGCUGUUAGGGGGAGAAAAGCCCUCAGCCUCACUGUCAGUCAGAAAAAUGAGCUAGCUGGGCCAGGAGCCCUGCCUGGGUCGUGCCAUUCAGCAGAGGCUACACCUCUUACUGUAGCCCUCAUCCACUGGCCAGGCUGCCAGGGGAACACGUUCUCCCUCACCAUGGGAUGGAGGGUGACCAGGCCCCAGCCCUUCAAGGGGCCUCUCAGCCUGGCCAUGUCACAGACUCCUUUUCCCUUUAGACAUCUGGGGUUGGCAGAAUAAGGCCCACCGCUGGGUUUUGUUAAGAAAGUUUUUUGUUUUUUUUUUUUUUUUUUUUUUUGAGAUGGAGUCUCGCUCUGUCGCCCAGGUUGGAGUGCAGUAGCGUGAUCUCAGCUCACUGCAACCUCCGCCUCCCAGGUUCAAGCGAUUCUCCUGUGUCAGCCUCCCGAGUAGCUGGGAUUACAGGUGCCCGCCACCAUGCCCGGCUAAUUUUUUUUUAGUAGAAUGGGGUAUUUUUUUUAGUAGAAAUGGGGUUUCACCAUGUUUGCCAGGCUGGUCUCGAACUCCUGACCUUGUGAUCCACCCGCCUUGGCUCCCCAAAGUGCUGGGAUUACAGGUGUGAGCCGCCGCACCUGACCGAUAAAGUUUUAUUGGCACACAGCCAUGCCCGUUCAUACAGCUAGUGUCCGCGGCAGCUUUCAUGAUGCGGCGGCAGAGCUGAGUAGUUGGCUCAGGCACCCCGUGUCUGGAAAGGCUGAGAGGGUUUACACGCUGGCCCUUUACACAGAGAGUUUGCCACACCUCUGAGCCACCUGCUUUCAACAGGUCCAAAGGAAUAAUCCCAAGUGGAAAAUUAACAUGAGAAAGUGCCCAGUACAGUGCUAUUUAUUUAUUUAUUUUUACUUCUUUUUUGAGACAGAGUCUCGCUCUGUCACCCAGGCUGGAGUGCAGUGGUGCGAUCCCGGCUCACUGCAACCUCCGCCUCCCAGGCUCGGGCGAUUCUCCUGCCUCAGCUUCCCGAGUAGCUGGGAUUACAGGCACGCACCACCACACCUGGCUAAUUUCGUAUUUUUAGUAGAGAUGGGGUUUCACCAUGUUGGUUAGGCUGGACUCGAACUCCUGACCUCAAGCGAUCUGCCUGCCUCGGCCUCCUGAACUGCUGGGAUUCCAGGCGUUAGCCACCGUGCCCGGCCACAGUGCUAUAUAUUGAUAGAGCAAAACAGGAACCAAAUAUGCUAAACCAAAUAUGCUAAAGUAGACAGCAGCUAAAAUAAAGAACCAAAACGCAUCCACACAGCAAAACCGCAGCAGCCAGUGAGAGAGCGCUGUAGUGCUGCGAGAUUGCUCCUCAAGCAGGAACCCAAAACAGGAUUUAAGUCAGAAUGUGGAGGUCACAGCUCGUGGGUGGGGGGGCGAAAAUGUAGGGAAAAGGGUACGAAAGACCAAAUGCCCGGCUCUUACUGUUCGUUGGCGUGCUGGAGUCCAGAGCCAAGGCUGGUUAAGAUGGAAAGUGUCUGAUGAAAGAGAAUGAUGUGCUUGGAGCUUUGUCUUCCUGACAAAUUUGUUCUGUUCUUCAGGCUUCAAACCUAAUGAACAAUCCCCAGAUUCAGCAGCUGUAAGUGACAACCGGGCUUCUUCGGGUCUUGUUGUGGUUAAAUUUCCUUUUAUUGUGGGAAAAUUCACUUAACAUAAAACUAACCACUUUAAAGUGUAUGACUUAAUGGCAUUAAGUACAUUCACACUGUCAUGCAACUGUCACCACCAUUGAGCACCAACACAUCUUCAUCAUCUUUGAAAGAAGCCCCUUCCCCAUCAGCUGUCACUCCCCAACCCCUCUCCUAUCCCCUGACAACCAUGCGUCCCCUUCCCGUCUCUGUGGAUGGGCCUGUCCUGGACAUUUCAUAGAAAUGGGAUCACACACUGAGUGAUCUUUGGUGUCUGGCGUCUCUCACUGAGCGUGACGUCCUCAAGGUGCAUCUGCGCUGGGGCCUGGGUCAGGGCCUUGCUCCUUUUCAUGGCUGAGUAAUAUUCCAGUGUGGAGGGACCACGCUGUGCUGAUCCACACAUCUAUCCAUGGACAUUUGGGCUGUUUCUACCUUUUGUCUGUUGUGAACGGUGCUGCUUGAGCAUGGGUGUGCAAGCAUGUGUGUGAAUCCUGUUUUCGUUUCUCUUGGAUAUAAACCUCUGAGUGCACUUGCUGGCUCAUAUGGUAACUCCCUAGUAAGCUGUUUGCGUACUGGGGAGCUGCUUGCCUGUUUUCAUGGUGAAAUCUUUUUCUCUUUUUUUUUGAGACGGAGUCUUGCUCUGUCACCCAGGCUGGAGUGCAGUGGCAGAAUCUUGGCUCACUGCAACCUCUGCCUCCCAGGAUCAAGUGAUUCUCCUGUCUCAGCUUCCCAAGUAGCUGGAAUUACAGGCACCCACCACCAUGCCCGGCUAAUUUUUGCAUUUUUAGUAGAGAUGGGGUUUCACCAUGUUGGCCAGGCUGGUUUUGAACUCCUGACCUUAGGUGAUCCACCCGCCUCGGCCUCCCAAGGUACAGGGAUGACAGGUGUGAGCCACCGCGGCUGGCCCAUGGUCAAAUCUUAAAGCAUGGUUUGCCAGCCACAGCACCGUGGCCAUUUGAGCUGGACCAGUUUCUGGAGCGGGGCCGUCCUGGGCACUGCAGGGUGCUGAGCAGCGUCUCUAGCCUCCACCCACUCCACACCAGGAGCACCCCCUGCCCCUGUCUUGGCAUAACCCAAUCAUGGCUGUUGCAAAUGUCUGCUGCCAUUGCAGGGGUCCUCUGGGGGCAGGAUCACCCCCUGGCUGAGAACUACGCUCUUUAGGCUAAAGAAGGAGGGGUGUUCUGGGAAAGCGGGUGAAACUCAAAGGGUGGGUUUGGGCCCGGGAGGCCCACCAGGUGGUGAGAGAGAAUCCUCUCCUGCGGGGGAAGGUGAAGGGCUGAGAGGGAUUCUGUCCCGGGCCACUGCGAGGGCCUGUGGUGGGGAUGGCGGUCGAGCUGUCCUGGCUGCGAGUCUCGCGCUCUCUCCUGCAGCAUGUCCGGCAUGAUUUCGGGUAGCAACAACCCCUUGGGAACUCCCGGCACCAGCCCCUCGCAGAACGACCUGGCCAGCCUCAUCCAGGCGUGAGUGGACCUGCUUCCAGGAGGACAGAGGACGUGGGUGGUGGGGGGGGCUCGCAGGCGGAAGGGAAGGAGAGCGGAAAUGCUGCGUCCUCUGCUCCAAAGGGCCCGGCGUCCUCCGGCGAGGGGUCAGGCCUGUCUUCAGGGUGGAGGGCCCGAGGGGUCAGCUGGGGAUGGACGGAGGCAGCAGGCAGGCGCCUGGCCCCAGCUGAGCCCCGUGUGCCCUUCCCCGCAGGGGUCAGCAGUUUGCCCAGCAGAUGCAGCAGCAGAACCCAGAGUUGAUAGAGCAGCUCAGGAGCCAGAUCCGGAGUCGGACGCCCAGCGCCAGCAACGACGACCAGCAGGAGUGACGCUGCGUGAGUGCAUGGGGCCAGGGGGCUGGGGGGUGGCCGGCAGGAGUGAUGCCACGUGAGUGCCCAGAGCCGGGGGGCUGGGUGGGUGGCCAGCAGGAGUGACACCACGUGAGUGCCUGGCAGUGAGGGCAGCCAGCAGGAGUGAUGCCCGGGGGCUGCGGAGCCUGUCUGGACACCGGACAGUGAGUCCUGGGUGCAUCCAGCUCAGAAGAUCACCCAGAACCGCCGAGGCAGGCAGGGGCAUCUCUGAGCAUUGGGCCCCUUUCCAGGUGGCCACCAAGUCCUGCUCCCCACUCCUUUCCCAUCUGUGGAUCAGGGCUGGGUGGAGAUUAGGGGAGAGCCACAGCUCCCUGGAAGGCCUGGUGUCUGGGAUCCCCCCUGCCUAAGGCCGCCUGCAGAAGCUCUUUGUUUCUGCAGUGUCGGGGCUGCCACCUCGGGGGUGGGGGCAAGGUCAUUGGGUGGUGGAAAGAACAAGCCGGGCACCUGCCUUUGACUGUGCGCCUGAGCGUUCUGCCUGCAUUUUGUGAGGGAUUUUUUGUCCUUUUCUCACUGUGAGCAGGUGUUGCACUUACAGUUGUUUAAAAAUACACUCAGUGUCCCCCAUGGGUUCCAGGGGCCCGUGGCUGGCUUGGUUUCCUUCCCCAGGGGCCCCUGAGUUCAGUCCUGUUGUCUCCAGCAGACGCCGGCUCCCUGGGGGCGGGAGGCUCCGGGCCUCCCCGGAGGUGUUUCCAUUGUGCUUUGAUGUGGCCUCUUCAUUUUGUUAUCGUCCCCUCCUCAUAUAUACUCUCUUUCAUUUUUAAACCAUAAUUACUGUAGACAAAUUUAAAAGACAAAAUUGUUAAAAAGCAGCAA